AGCAAUGACUGAUUAACCGCAGUCUCUUUUGGUCUCUUGUUAGCAACACAAUCAUGAUACAGCCGACAAAACGGACUGCUUGGCUUUGUGGAACGUUGCUUGCUGCACUGGUGCUGCUUGGAUUCACGUUCCACGAUCCGAUCCGCGGACAACCAAUUAAAGCAAGUACUGAACUAGGCAACGUCGAUGCAACACGUCCGGCGUCGAAGCUGCAUCUUUUGCUACCAGCCUCAAACGGAGCCGUGGACUUGUGCAAGACGUUCCUCACUGGAGCCAUUCUGGGAUAUCCCACUCCGACUUUGAUUGCAUGGAAUCAGACCUUCAAUGAUGAUCGACUGUUGGGAGGAGGCAGCCAUGUGGCCAAGGUCUACGGCGUGCUCAAAUUUUUUGAAGGCAUGAAUUCAUCGACAGAAAACGAUCUGGUGAUGAUGAUGGACGCAUAUGACAUCUGGUUCCAGCUUCGCCCUGAAGUUCUCAUCAGCAGAUACCACUCCGUCAAUCAACGAGCCAACGAGAGACUGAAGCAACGACUCGGUAAUGCUUACGACAAGGAGAACAUUCGACAAAGAAUCAUCUUCGGAGCCGGAAAGCGAUGCGCCCCUAAUCAGAUGCACACCAUCGCCUGCUAUCCCAUUCCAGCUUCUCCGCUACCUGAUGAUCUGUAUGGUGGGAACACAGACACUGUCAUGGGCAAGAACAAAAUUAGCAGCCUGAAACAGAGAUAUCUCAAUUCUGGAUACAUCAUCGGCCCACAGAAAGACAUGCUUGCUCUCUUCCGGCGCGCCGCGGAGAAGGUCGACGCUCAUACCGACCACGAUCCUUGGGACAACGGCAGCGGUGGUUCGGACCUCAUGUACCACGGAAGCGACCAGUCCAUCUUCAACAUCAUGUACGGCGAGCAAGAGUACCAGCGCGAGGUCCUUCGUCGAAGACAUCUCUCCGCCGCUGAGAGACUGCGAGGCAAAGCAAAGCCGAUCCCGCACUAUCUUGAGGGAACGCUUGUCGCGGACCCGCUGAAACCUGACUUCAUCCAUGAGCCAGGCGUGGAGAGGAAUGGUGCUCCGGAUGAGUUCGGCAUUGGCCUGGACUUGUGGUCGGACUUGGGACAGCAGACUGUCAACACGGAAGACGACACUCGGUAUUUGACGUUCGACAAGAACAUUUCGGAGCAAUUGGCCGGUCGGAAUGGACUGUUUGAUUGUCAGAGCCGAGUGACUGGAGACCUUCCACAAGAUGUCAUAUCCAGCACUGCUCCCUUGUCCAGCAUCGAAGAGCGAGCAAGCGUUGGCUGGAAGGACACUCCGCUCUUCACAAACCUAUGCCUCAACACAAUCCCAGUCAUGAUUCACCACAAUGGCGACAAGAACGCUCGAGCUUUCCAGUGGCCAGAGACAUGGAUGCAGCAGCAUGCUCGGGUGCUCAUGACGGAGCUUUGGAGUCAGGAUGGCGACAAUGAGGAAGGAGACGGCAAGUCGUGGAAGGUGGCGAAUCUGCCAUCGGGAGGGUCUGUGACUUGGGGAGAGACCUGUCCGAGCUGGUUUGAUUAUGAAUUGUUCAGAGAUGUGGAGAAGCCGGAGAAGGAACCGCCGCCGGCGUGAGGUAGAGAGACAUCAUCGAAAUGCCUCCUUCCAUG